AUGGAUAAGCCAGAUAACACCUCAUCCCCAAAGAAACGGAAGGCGACGGGACCCCAACAACCAGCACCGCCACCUACGUCGCAACCACAAUACACCUCACCCCAAUUCUCCCAGGUGACUUCCUCCGUCUCCAACACGCCGCCAAGCCGACGUCGUGGGCAUUCAAGGCAGCGGAGCGAUAUGUCAAGCCGAGGGCUCGAUUCCUAUGGCCGACCUACGAGCCGCCAUCGCCAUACUGAGAGCAGCUUCAGCCUACCAAGUCUAACAUCACCCCGCCAGAUAUCUGAUCAGGGACCCGAGACCAUGUCGCAGGCGGGGCCACGACGAAGAUCGGGAGGCUCGAAUCCCGUUUCUGCGCUGCUCGAAGAGAGUGACUCGCGGCCACAGUCGCAACAGCAGUCGGCGGUGGCGCAUGAGAUGAGGCACGAGGAACGACACACGACGUCGGAAAGUGAAAAUUCGGGAAGACCAAACGCUAUCAAGCGAGAUGAUGGGCAAGAUUAG